UCUGUGAUGGCUAGUUUGCGUUUAGUGACCCUGCACCACGCUUGAAUUAAUGGAAUGCGGCUAAUUCUAAUAUGGAGAGGACUAGUUACAAAAUAUAUUUCAGACAAAUACGUAAAUAUAAUUUAAUUUUUACCGCGUGACAUUCCACAUUCCGUACAAAACAUUGAAAAGUGUAUAAACUUAGCAAUUGCCGAACGUGAUUGGCUUAACUUUGAAAUUAGCUUUGAGAAACUAUCGUCAGAGGGACUCGAAACAUGCCCAUCACGGAAAGUACGUCAAGCAAAGUUCCUUUUUGUUAGUGUUGACAAUGAAGUCUUGUUUUAGAAGACUGUGAAUUAUGAUCUUACGUCCGUAAAUUGUUAAUUCUUGUGACGGUAUGACGAAAUUACGAUGUGCAUAAGUGGUAUUACUUACGAAGAACAUUUAAAUACGUGUGACGGCCGAUUCAACGGUUCAGGUGUUUGUAAGGUGUUUGUGCUGCUUCUGCUGCGCGAUGCCUCGACUGUGUGAAAAGUGGUGUGAGCUGCUGCUAGGCUCCUGUGAGGGCAGGGCAGGAUGAGCUCAGUGGAUCGGCCUGACUACCAUGUGGGAGGUGACCACAGCUUCAGCCACAACUCUCCACGACCACCUGUUCCUGGCGGGGAGACGGAGGAGGUGGAAGGCUUGCAGUCGCCCACCCCAGGACCAGGAUACUCAUCAUGGAGUGCCUCUCGAUACAGCAAGGGGGGCAGCUCACCUGUGUUUACACCCCGCCGAUCCAGUCUUGCCUGCAACACUACUACUGGUGGCAAUAUAGCAGGAGAUGGCAGUGCUCCACUUGGAUUCGAACCCGAAGGCAGUUGCCAAGGAGGUGGCACUUUUGUCGAGGGUUCAUCACCUCCAUCGUAUCUGCGUUGGGCCAGCAAUCUCCAUAGCUUGCUUGAUGAUCCUGAUGGUGUUGAACUUUUCCGUCGAUACUUGGAGCAGGAAGGUGAAUCACAUGUGGACACACUCACAUUUUGGUUUGCAUGUGAAGGUCUCAAAAAGCAACAAGACCCAGAGAGAGUCAAUCAACUCGUCAAAGUUAUUUACAGGCGAUUCUUCCACAAGACUCAGUUGGCUAUACCAGAUGAACUUCGUAAAGAAGUCAAUCGUCGCAUCAAAGAAGGGAAGGAACUUCUGGAAGGAGAUAUUUAUGAUGAUGUGCAACAGGAAGUAGAGAGACUUAUUAAUGAAACUACAUACCCUAACUUCCUGAGAUCAGACAUUUAUUUACAGCAUGUGCGUGGCAUGCAGAAUGGAGGUGAGCUUUCGUCCUCAUCAGGUUCAGGUUCCUCCAGUGGUAGUGGUGGGUGCUCAAGUGGUGGAAGUUCUGGUGGGGGUGGGGCGUGUAGAGCGGAGGCUACAGCAGGUGGUCCCCUGCCAACACUUCACGAAGACUCUGAACUGGUUGUACCUGGUGGGGAGGCUGCACUGCCUCUUACGAAGGACAUGCUUAUUGCCACACAAAAACGACGGGCUUUGGAGUUGCGGCCCAAACCUGAAGCCUAUGCUGGGCUGUACCUGCAGCAGCAUGCUCACCAUCACCCUCCUCAUCAUAUCCCACCUCACCUUGCAUAUUCAUCCUACAAUCCUGUAUCUCGGCAAGAUAGUGAGUUGCAGUCUCUGAGUUCGGAUGCUCGCACAGAAAGUGACAACAUGUCUCUCACGGACAGUUCUGUUGAUGGAAUGUCAGUUGGUCGUGCUCGUUCAUCCAAGAAGCAAUAUAUUCGCCACUGCAAGCAGAUCAAGGAGAGUGCUAGCAUUAAUCGGGACCCUUACAUGCAUUACACAGUUAUACCUCGAACACAGCGAAUCUUGAAGGAGCAGGUUUAUCCAAUGAAUCCAGGAUUCGCUGCCAUAUUGAUUGAGAAACUCGAGGCUGUGAAGCGGGAACAGGAUGCCCAAGAAAAACUUGACAGAAAACUUCAAGAAGUAACAAGAGCAGGUGGUGAACCUUUAAGAGAGAAGUUACCCUCAUUUGCAACCUCUAGGGCAAUAGCUGACACCUUACAAGAUAAACUUCAGCUUGAUGACGAUAGUGAUCAGGCAAUUCUUGAUCAGCAUGUGUUAAGAGUAUGGUCUGAUUCAACACCAUCACGGACUCCUGGUCUGGUGUCACCGCGUCCUCAUUCUCCUGAAGGGAGAAGACGUGCACCUACUGCAGGACAACUUGCACCUGUAAAAGGUGCACUUGGAGCAUCUGUUCCUGGGUAUGUUCAUGGAAUACCCCACCCUUACCAGAGUCAUACACGGGCUUCAUAUAGUCAGCGGCACCCACGCAAAGAGAAGGAUGUGUUUUCCACAUUUUCAUCUGACUCUGGCAACGUUCAUGACUUCCAGGAAGGUUCAGAGUACAAACAUCAUAUGCCUAAGAGCAAAUCAAUGCCGGAUUACCAGGAAGCACAAAAGCAGGAGGUUUUCACUGUUAGUGGACACGAUGCCAGGUUCCGUCAGAGUAGAGAUCCCUGCCGCAGGUCUAGUAGUAAGAAGACCCUUACAGAUCUGACAGAUAGUGGAGUAAGCGUUGUGUCAGAUACAAUACCAAUUGCUGUUCCUAGUACUCAGUGCAAAGACAGCAGGGUGCUGUCAUGGUUGAUGGAGAGUGAAAAGCAAGUAUCCAGCGUGUCACAUACGCAUAGUGAACGUGAGGCUCUUUCUUCAAAACAUCGUUUAAGAACAAGUGCAACAAGUGCCACAUCACCAAUCGCUAGUCGGCAUAGUCGUAAGCCAGUUCAGAUGGUGUUCAGUGAAUCGAGAUCUGGGUCACUGGAACGAACGGGUCCUGCACAGCCAUUUGUUGCUGAUCCAUGUAUGCCGCCCCUCUCGCUACCUCACACUGCAACUCAGUUGGAAGAGGCACGUCGUCGCUUAGAAGAAGAAGCACGUGCAAAGGCCGGCCGCCAAAGGUUUUCACAAUCCUCAAAAACACAUGGUCCUCAAGAUGCUUAUUCCCUCUCAGCUCAGUCAACACUUCGUAAGAGUGGUCGUGGGCAACGUUCCAGUGGUCCAACGACAGGUGCAGAAGCAGAAUAUACAACUGUGGUAUUCUCCUUCUGUGAAGAGCAGUUUCCUUACAGGACCAAGAUCCCUGGACGGCAGAUAACACUCCGUCAGUUUAAAGAGUACCUUCCAAAAAAAGGCAGCUACAGGUAUUUCUUUAAGACGGAGUGUGAAGAUCUGGACAUGAAAGUCAUUCAGGAGGAAAUCAUGGAUGAUAAUGACAUCCUUCCAUUGUGGGAAGGGAAAGUGAUGGCUCAGGUGAAGCCAGUAGAGUGAGCCAUGUGACAAAUUAAGGCAUGGAAGGCUGUUUUUCUCUGUGUUUUGGGGAUUUUUAUCAUCAUCACAUGUAUACAUUGCUGUCAUUCAUUUGACUUUCAGCCAACAGGUUACUGACUUAUACAUAUUAUGUGAUCUCAUCUUCCUUUGUUUUAACAAUAUGUUGCAGUGUGUAUCAUUUGUACCAUAAGUGAAAUACCAAAUAGUACAAUAUUACUUUUGAUUCAGACAUGAGCCUUCAUUGCCUUAAUAUUGGCCCAUUGUCCUUUGUGUUCCAUGUGGACUUAUCGUGUGAAGCUUGUGCCUUGUCAUUAAGUACUUUAUGUAUAAAAAAGAAGUUAGUGUUCCUGUAAUAAUAUGAGCUAAAAAAUAAUUUUUGAAAAUUAUGGAUUGCAAAGAGACAGUUGUGAUGUCUAGUGUUUUGUUGAUGCUUUGAAUGUGUGCUUAUUUUAUGGUGUACCAGAUGGAAAGGCCAUUGUGUCCCAAGAACAUUUUAUGAAUGGCCAUAUUGAAGAGUGUGUAAACAUGUACUGGGACAUUAGUCUCUCUUAACUUCGUUUUGGCUGAAUGGCAGCUUCUGUUUGAAGAAAAGCACACAAAUUAAGAAUGUUGUGUGAAAUGUUGUAAUUAUUUCUAUAUCAUAUAGGUAUAAGAAUUUAAAAUACCUCAUACUGUUUGCACGUUGAAGUAUUUGUGCAACUGUUUUUUUUUUUUUUUUUUUUAAUUAUUGUUACAUUACUGUACCCUUCCUUCAAACCUGAACAUUCUUGUACUACUUCAGUUACAGUUUGGAUACUGAUUUUAACACUUGUUUUCCAGGCCUACACUUCAUUUAUUUCUUUUGAUUUGGAGAAUUUAUUAGAAAAUAUUCAGUUGAUUUCAAUACCUUCUGUUGGUAAAUCUGUGGCACAGUUUAUAUUCCUAAGCCUGAUCCAUUUAUUAAGGUCUCUUGGCAAAAAAGUGCGGCACUAACAUUUGUCUAAAGUUGAAAUUAAGAAAAUUAUAGUAAACAGGCUAUCAAAAGGCGUCACUGACUCUAUUUUUAUGCCACACGUCAUUACUACCGUUAAGUUUUGAAGCAGUGCACCUUUGAGAAUUAUAUUAAUGAAUAUAACAGGACAUUUGAGACAGUUGUAGACAGCUAUUUUUUUAAAUGAAAUAAAUUUUAUACUUUGAUACAUUUGUUGAGUGUGGUAGGUGGUCAAGAGAUCAGCAGAUGCAGUUCAUUUCAUUGUAUAUUCAUCAAGACAUAGUAAAUAUUGCAGUUUGCUCUUAUGAUGUUUCUCAGACUUCAAGAACAAAUGUUAGUGCAUUGAGAUGUACAUUCUGAUGUUAAUAACUGUCAGAAAUUUGCUCACUGUUGUACUUAAGUAUGUACUGUCUGUCUGAAUGAGCUGGUCUGCGAAACAUAAGAAAUUACUAUUCCAUGGCACUGAAUUUUUUUAAUGUGUUUUUAAAAAAAUGCUAUAUUUAACAGAAAUUUUGAUUAAAGUAUUUAAAUGUGAAUGGAGUGCAUUCCAUGCACGAAGCAAAGUGUAUUGCAUAUUGCAAUAAGUAAGAGCUGAUGUGUACAUUUAAUAGAAUAUCUGUUCAUGAAGUUCUCAGUAAUUUAUACAUGGUGCAAAAGUUAAUACUGUCUAAAAGCUUAAUACAUGAGUUUCGUAUACUGCUGGAAUCCAUCAGAUGUAGUUUGCAGCAGUAAAAGAUGUUUCCAUUAACAUUUUACUACUUCCAAAUAUGUUUCUUUCUGACACAAUAAAGACACCUCCAGGUGAGUCAGUAUAAUGGCAGUAGACAUCAAAAAAAAAAAAAAAAAAUUCACUAAUAUUUCAAGACUGGAACUGCACUGAAGUAGAAUUGAUGAAAUACAAAUUUGUGUACAAAUAAAGACACUCCCUCCAUGGUAA